CGUGAAGGGACGCAGAACUGGCAGUCGGACAGUCGGAGCAGAGAGUGGAGAAGUCUGGGGUUCAAACUUUUUACUCCGACCUGGUUCACAGUCGCGGCUCAAAGCGACCUUCUCGCUUUUAUUUCCUUUUCUUUCUCUUGGUGCUGACGCGGCACGGACCUGUUGGAUCAAUUUGCGCAACUUUUUUUUAGGACUCUCGGACACUAGUCCUCGGUGAAAGCCGCGUGAAGAGGCAGUAAGGAGGAAAAGGGGGAUCGGAGGAAGCGAGGGGAUGAUGUGACCCGGUGAAAACCCCCCAGCGACCACAUCUCCCUCUCUGGAGGCUCCAGUCAACAUGACCCUGUCCGGCGGUUUUGCCGGAUACAUGUCAGCUCAUUUUACGUGACCGCAUGGAGCCGAUGCUGUGGUAAAGUGGACCUGCCAUCCACGCUUUCUGGGAAGUGCUGGUCACAAACGGACUCGGGCUGCCCGUGCGCAGCGCGGAGAGAGCGGCGAUGCGGGGCACCGCGGGCGCAUUCAUCCAGUCCUGCCUCCUGAUGCUGGUCCGAGCAGACCAGUGGAGGCUAAAGGACCCCGGCAACUGCGAGCUAAACAGAAAACAAGCUGAAUUAAACUCCUUCCUGUGGACGAUCAAACGGGAUCCCCCGUCAUAUUUCUAUGGAACAAUCCAUGUUCCAUACACCCGCGUUUGGGAUUUCAUCCCUGAAAAUUCCAAGCAGGCCUUCCAGGAAAGCAACAUUGUGUACUUUGAGCUGGACUUAACAGACCCUUACACUAUCUCAGCCCUGACCAGCUGCCAGUUGCUUCCUCAAGGUGAGAACCUGCAAGACGUCCUACCUAGAGACAUCUACAGGAGACUUAAAAGACACCUUGAGUAUGUCAAACUCAUGAUGCCCUUAUGGAUGACUCCGGAUCAGAGGGGGAAAGGGCUCUAUGCAGACUAUCUCUUUAAUGCCAUCGCUGGCAACUGGGAGAGGAAGCGACCCGUUUGGGUGAUGUUAAUGGUGAACUCGUUAACCGAGGCUGACAUCAAAACACGAGGGGUGCCAGUGCUGGACCUGUACCUGGCCCAGGAGGCAGAGAGGAUGAGGAAAAGGACGGGGGCUGUUGAGAAGGUAGAGGAACAGUGUCAUCCACUCAAUGGACUCAACUUCUCUCAGGUGAUCUUUGCCCUAAACCAGACAUUAUUACAGCAGGAGUCUUUGAGAGCAGGAAGUUUACGGGUCCCUUACACCACUGAGGACCUUAUCAGGCACUACAACUGUGGAGAUCUCAACUCCAUCAUCUUCAGUCAUGACACCUCACAGGUCCCUAACUUCAAUAAUGUGACGCUGCCAGCCAGAGAGCAGGUGACUGCCAAGGAAAUAGACAGCUACUUCAGACAGGAACUCAUUUACAAGAGGAAUGAAAGGAUGGGGAAGAGGGUCAAGGCGCUCCUUGAGGAGCACCCUGACAAGAGCUUCUUCUUUGCCUUUGGAGCAGGUCACUUUCUUGGCAACAACACUGUCAUUGAUGUGCUUCGUCAUCAAGGAUACGAGGUGGAGCACACCCCUGCUGGGCAGCCCAUAAAGAGGAGAGUAUCAUCCAGACCUGCUUUGCCAGCAUCAGAGGACCACCACCAUGAGUCCCCUCUCCUGGAGCCUUUCCUCCAUGAUCUCCCCCAACAGGAAGAAGAUUUGGGGCAUCCCCUCGAGGAAGAUCUGCUACCCCACAUGCUCCUUCCAACUGAUAGCCUGGAGCUGCUGGAGAAAGCAGAGAGGAAAAUGUUGAAGAAAAAGAGGAGGAACAAGCAGAAGAAACAACGGAACAGGCAUUUCAAUGACCUCUGGGUUCGAAUAGAGGAGAGUUCUAUGGUGCAGUCCCCACCUCCCCCUUUGGUUCGCAUCAUUAAUGGUUACAUCACAGUACAGCCACCAGACAGAGUCCACCGCCAUCACAACUACCAUUAUAUCCCGUCUGCAUCACCCGCUUCCUCACCCUCCCCUUUUUUACUAAUUUUCCUCUGCACAUUGCUGAUGCUCCAGACGUGUACUGUAGUCCUCUAGCAGGACAUAGGUUUAGAACUAUAAAACAUUGCCAGUCUUCAGGAGGGUUUAACUCUUAAGUAUGAUGGUUUCAUGCAAUGUUAUAUAAGGUUUGAGUGAAAGGUUGCAAAAAUCAUGGUGAGAGGUUGGACAAUGUGAUAAACUGUAACUUGCUGGUUAAGUUGGUGUUGCUGGACCUCAAGUCAGUUGACAUUAAAAGCGAAUGUUUCUUAGAAAUUGAGGAUCAGAUGAACAAGCAAAUUCAUUUAACCAGUCUUCUUGGAAAAUAAAGCUUUUUUUUUUUUGUUUAACACAUGGAGGAGGAGCCAGCACACAGAACCUAGCAGGAAACACAAGCAAAAAAGUUUUUUUUGAACAUUUCACAGACAUUAAACAACACAUCCGCUCCCUGAUGGCUAACAGGGUCAGAAUACUGUAGAUGCACAUUAUUCAACAUUCAAAGCUUGCAACAAUUAGAGAUUUCAAUGAAGUGACGAUUCAGUGAAAGAAAACAAAAAUACUAUUUUAACCAUUGCGGAAUAUCAAAUGCCAUCCACGAGCACAACUGGAACCAUAUGUCUCAUGUGUUUGGGUCUGUGUGUGUGUGUGUGUGUGUGUGUGUGUGUGUGCGUGUGCGCGCGCCUAUGUGUGUGCCUAUGUGUGUGAGGAAGAACAGUCUAUCAGCUCUUAUAGCUCUUGUGCUUGUAAGCAGGAGUAUUCUUCAAACCUUAAUUUAUUCUUCCAUUUUAGAAUUUGCUUAUUACUGCAUCAAAACAUACUACAAGGGGGGGAAUUGUGCAUAUUGUUUUUAAAUAUUAUAGAUGUAUUUUAGAAUUAAUAAAACUAUGAAAAUUAUCAAAAGCAUUGUUGUUUAUACUAUAAAUAUAAAAAAAGAUGUGCAUUACACUUUUGAUAAACAAACAGGAACUAAGAACUGAGUCAUGUGUCUCACUGAGUUGUGAAAGGAACAGAUGACCAUAUUGUACUUCAUAUAUCAGUGUUAUCACCCACUUUGAAGCAUGCAUUUGCUAAAAGAAUUUGCAUUGGUACAGGUGGGUUUUUUGAAUGCCUGGCCAGCCAUAUACAUUUGUCCUGCAUGCAUUUGAGUUCCUCUUAAAUUAGUUUGGAACCCUACCAUUCACAUCAGUUUCCACUGGUACAGAACAUUUUGUACCAAAUCAGUCUCAGUGCAGUGGGGAUGUGCAUUGAGUCUGCAGGAGUGUCCAAGAACCACCAUUUAGAAUAACCAAGAUGGUUGUAGAUUUGCUACAAACACUUUGGAUCAACAUGGUUUUACUGUCAAACUUACUGUAAAACUUACAUAGUCUCUCACAGGCAUUCUGACGAUAGUCUGGUUAUCACCAGACUAUCGUCAUUGGUACUGCCCCGUGGAAAUCAAAGUUGAAUCCAGAGGAAACAAGCUUUUUUGUAUCGAAAAGGAAAAGAAUGACGAUGGCUGGCCAGGCUUGGUUUUUGAUAUGGACUUCAUAUGUUUAAUUUAUUUAACUACUGUAGUAUUGCUGUAAACCAUACGAAAAUAUUCCUGAAUGCAUUUUUUUUUUACUAAAAUGUCCAAAUGUGUUUUUGUUUUCAAUUGUUUUGAAAAUAGAUCAUUAUUAUUAUUAUAAUAUCAAUAAUCACAAGUAAUACAGUUUUAUAUAAAUUCAGAUGUCUACACAAGCCAUGCACAUAAUGGUGCCUUAGGCCUUUCACAUUUAUGGCAUAAAAUAUUUGUAACGGUAUUGCCAACAAUAAAAUAUUUAUAUAGAUUUGUAA